AUGGUAAUCCGUAAGCUGUAUGUGCCUCCGUCGAUAAUCAAAACCGGAAGCACCAUCCAAACUAGCCCGAUUUCACAACCAGAUGAAACGGGUGCUGUAGCCUUCGAAGCUGUGGGUGAUACAAUUUUUCAUGUUAACGGAGAUGAUGUACAACACGUGGAGUUGGAACCAGUCAUCGUCAAAUCUGCAGAACCUGACGAAGAACAACAUUCUCCAGAUGCCCUGCUGGAAAAUUCAAACGAAAUAGAAGUUAACACUCAAAAAAUUUCCGAAAAUGAUGACAUAAUUUUGAGUAUCAAGCCCGGCAAAAUAGCUGGAUUGAAACAAGAUUUGCCGAAUGGAGGAAGCUGCUAUCGAUUCAGUGGCAUUCCGUAUGCCCAAGCGCCCACCGGUGAGUUACGUUUCAAACCUCCGGUACCGUUGGAACAAUUCGAUGUUGACGUACUGGACUGUACAAAGGAACGAAAUCAGUGCAUAAGCUUGCAGUACUGGCCAGCGGAAGCGAGUGAGGCUGCCUCUGAAAAUUGCUUAUUUUUGAAUGUGUACACCCCGAUUCUACCAGAGGAAGGAUCAGUUGAUCGAUUACCCGUUAUGGUUUGGAUUCAUGGUGGUGGUUUCUCGCUGGGUAGUGGAGAUGAGAUAAUGUAUUGUCCCAAACAUUUGGUACAGGAAGGCGUGAUUGUCGUAACAUUCAACUAUAGAUUGGGACCACUGGGAUUCAUGUAUUUGCCAUCGAAAGGAAUUUAUGGCAAUAUGGGACUCAAAGAUCAGAGGUUGGUAUUACGUUGGGUAGAAGACAACAUUGCUAGCUUCGGAGGAGAUUCGAACAAUGUGACAUUAUUUGGUGAGAGUGCCGGUGGAGCCUCGGUACAUUUGAACUAUAUCGCGGAAAGCUCGAGAAAAUAUUUCCAUAAAGCUAUUUGUAUGUCCGGUGUUUCUUAUAAUCCUUGGGUGUUGCAAAGUCAGGCAGAAGAAAAAGCUCGGCAAUUAGCAGUUUUACUUGGGGCGGAGUCAACAAAUGAUGAAGAAGUCUUUGAGACACUGAUGAAAGCAUCCGCCAAGGAUAUUGUCGCAACAUCUCCGGCUGUCAUGACUCCGGAAGAGAAACGAACCGAUAUGUUUUUUGCAUUUACUCCAGUAGUAGAGCCUAUUAAUUCUGAUGAGCCAUUUUUAGUAGAAAACUUCAUUAGUCUGAUGAUGAGUCCAAAUAUGACCAAUAUUCCAAUCAUAAACGGAUUCACUUCUAAUGAAGGACUUCUUAUUGCGGCUCAAAUGCUGAGUGGAAUCGAUGAAUAUGCAAAAAAUCCCACCAAAUUAGUACCGAAGGACCUACCCCUCUCUGGGGUAAGUCUAGAGGAGGCAGCUGCAGAAAUAAAACAGUUUUUCUUUAACGAUGAUGACAUAACUGCGGAGCGACUGCAAACCUUGGUGGAUAUCGUGUCGGAUAAUAUGUUUACCAUGGCGGCUUACGUAGCAAGUGAAUUGCAUGCCCGUUAUCAGCAUGAAGCACCGCAGUACCUGUACGUAUUCUCAUUUGAGGAUGAGUUGAACAAAUUCAGAUCAAUGUUUCAGGCACCGGAAAACUUGACUGGAGUGUGCCACUCUGACGAUUUGCUAUACUUAUUCGGUUCAUCACUGAUGGGAACUGAGGUAGAGCCAGGAUCAAGGGCACACAAAUUUCGUUCCACGAUGUGCAAGUUGUGGACUAAUUUCGCCAAAUGCGGAAACCCCACACCCGCAGACGGAGAAGUUGAUUUUGUUUGGGAACCGGUAAAACCCGUCACUGAUUCGGCGUUCAUCUUCGCUGCGGCAGAGUUGAAUGAACCACUGAAAAAGGUUGAAAAUCCGUACAUCAAUCGUAUUCAAUUUUGGAGAGAUUUGUACGCGCGAUAUUUCGGUGGUCAUUUAGUAAGAACAAAAUAA